AUGGAAGAAAUGACAGCUCAUGUAGAUGAACUAGAACAGUUAUCUAACAAAUCGGCCAAGCUUGGUGGUGGUAUAAGUUGGAGAACCAUUGUUGAUCGGCUUGACAAAUUAUCUUCUGAUGAAAUUCAAGUAUUAACAUUUGAUUCCAUUGAAGAUGCCAGAGAAUUUUACCUAUGUCAUAGCAAAAUGGUCGGUUUUGGUAUUAGAGAGCGGGAUGAAAAGAAAGAUCGGAAAGGUAUUGUGACAUACAAACGAUGGGUAUGCAACAGAGAGGGCUUUAGAAAUAGCAAAUGGUUAAAUUUAGUUAACCGUAAGAAAGAGGCAAAACGCCUUACGAGAGUUGGUUGUCUGGCAACUAUAAUUGUGCAAUGGAACAAGGAUAUUCAGAAGUUUACGAUUAAGCGGUUUAAUAUGGAUCACAAUCACCAAUUGGCAAAUCAAGAAUUUGUACAAUUUCUUCGAUCACAUAGGAGUGUCAACCCAGCAGACUUGGAGCAUGCUAUUUUGAUGCAUGGAGUUGGUAUUCGAAUUCCUCAAAUAGUGGACCUUCAAGCUUACCAAGCUGGGGGCCACAACAAGAUGGGAUACACAGAAAAGGAUCUACGAAAUGCUGUUGACCAAUUCCAUAGAAAUGCACUUGAAGUUGGUGAUGCCUCUCAGGUGUUGGCAUAUUUGGAUGGUCGAGCAAAUGGUGAGCCAAAAUUCUUUUACAAGUAUGUUGUUGACGUGGAGAAGCGAUUGAUACGACUCUUUUGGACAGAUUCUCAAUCUCGUUUGGAUUACCAAUGUUUUGGUGAUGUUCUUGUCUUUGACUCUACAUACCGCACCAAUGCUUAUAGGAAGCCACUAGUAAUUUUGGCCGGCGUAAAUCAUCACUAUGUUACCAAAAUUUUUGGGUGUGCAUUAAUUGCUGAUGAGACUGAGGACACAUAUAAGUGGGUAUUGGAAACAUUUUUGGAGGCCAUGGAAAAAAAGGCACCUAUCUCAGUUGUCACUGAUGGGGAUGGUGCAAUGAGAAAUGCAAUAAAGGCAGUUAUUCCUUCUGCCCGUCACCGAUUAUGUGCUUGGCAUUUAAAAAGAAAUGUUGUUACCCAUACAAAUAAGGGGUUCGUUCUUGAUUUUGAUGUGGCAAUGGACAUGAUUUGUAGCCAUGAAGAGUUUGAGAGAAGGUGGCAUUUGCUAGUUGAGAAACACAAUUUGAGAGAUAACCAAUGGGUUGUCGAUUUAUACAACAAAAGGGAAAAAUGGGCUGCUGCAUUUUUGAGAGGACACUUUUUUGCUGGAAUGAAAUCAACCCAAAGAUCAGAGCAAUUGAAUGCUACGGCGCACAAGUACCUUCAAUUCAAAAUGCUACUUUACCCGUUUGCUCAUCGAUUUGAGCUAUUUUUAUCAAAAGUUAGGCGGAAUGAACACAAGGAAUAA